AUGAUCAUCAACUCCAUGAUUGUUCCAGCAGUCAUUUGUGCUCUGCUGAGCUGGAUGUGUGGUGUUGCAGGUAGCAGCAGCUGCAGUGAAGCAGAAAGAGAAGCCCUUGUAAAUUUCAAGGCCGAUAUCCAAGACCCUUCAGGCCGGCUAUCUUCUUGGUCUGGCAGUAAUGGAGACUGUUGCAACUGGCGUGGCGUUGAAUGUGACAAUACUACUGCCCAUGUCAUCAAGCUUCAUCUCGGAUGUCCUGGUUGUUUUGAGAAUUAUGUGCUCAAGGGCAAGAUAAGCCCUUCCUUACUUGGGUUGAAGCAUCUGAGAUAUUUAGACCUUUCAGACAACAACUUCCAAGGGAUUCCGAUUCCAGGUUUUCUAGGCUCCAUGAGCAGUUUGGAUUCUCUUUUCCUUGGUGGAUGUGGAUUUGCCGGAGCCAUCCCUCAUCAACUUGGAAACCUCUCAAACUUGCAACGUCUUAGUCUGCGCGCUGGUCGUGGCUAUGUACUACAUGCUGAUACUCUGCAGUGGCUCCCUGGUCUUUCUUCGCUGCGAUAUCUUAACUUGAGAAAGGCUGAUCUCAGCAAUGUUUCCGAUUGGCUCAGCAUGGUAAACAAUCUCCCUUUUCUUUCUGAACUUGAUCUUUCGAAUUGUCGAAUAAGCCAUAUGCCAUCACAUUUAAUGAAUGUCAACCUUUCAUCAUUGGCUGUUCUUGACCUGCAACGCAAUGAAUUUGCUCCAACUUCGCUUCCUAUCUGGGUUUCUCAUCUCAGAGGCCUGACUUCUUUGGAUCUAAGGUACAACGAUUUCAGAGGUCCAAUUCCUGAUGAGCUUCAGAACCUUACCUCCAUAAGAGCUCUUCAUCUGUCUACCAACGACUUCAAUGGUUCAAUACCAGAUUGGCUGUUCAGUUUUCCCCACCUUGAGGACAUAGAUCUCAUCAGCAACAAGUUGGUUGGUAAGAUAUCAAGCUCAAUUGGGAACUUGACCUCUCUUGUCAACCUCGACUUGUCGUUCAACUAUGGCCUUGAAUUUGAAGGAGGGUUUCCUACGUCAAUCAAAGGGCUGUGCCAAUUGAGCUCGCUCUGUCUAUCAGGGAUAACUUUAAAGCAUAGUGUAUCAGAUGUGUUUGAAAUCCUUGGUGGAGAAUGCCCUUCAGAAACACUUCAAGUAUUGGAAUUGGAUAGUUGCCAGCUAUUUGGUCAGUUGUCUGAUGACAUCGGGAAUUUGAAGAGACUAAACAGUCUGGUGCUCACUGACAACUCCAUAUAUGGUUCCCUUCCAGCGUCAUUUGGUGGCAUGGCAUCCUUGAAGUACUUCAGAAUCGAAAGAAACAAAAUAAAUGGGACUCUUCCUGUGAGUUUUGGUCAGCUGGCAGAGCUGAGAAAUGCUGACAUUUCUCAGAACUCGAUUGAGGGUGUCGUCUCAUCAGAGAUUCACUUGGCCAAGCUCACCAAGUUGGCUAGUCUCCGUGCAGCUGGAAACCAUAUCGUGUUGGAAGUGAAACGAGAUUGGGUUCCUCCCAAGCAGCUCGCGGUACUGGACUUAAGUUCAUGGUACGUUGGACCUCACUUCCCCAUAUGGCUCCGAGAAAUCGAGCAUCUCGUGUCUCUUGAUCUCUCCAACUCUGGAAUUCUAGAACCCUUUCCCGAUUGGUUCUGGGGCAUGCAUUCUCAGCUCUUCUAUCUCAACAUGUCUCGCAAUCAGAUCCCUGGGAGGCUUCCAAAUUUAAUCUUAGCUCCUUCCGUUGACUCAUUGUUUGAUUUGAGUUGGAACCGCUUGGAGGGUCCCCUGCCAAUUAUCUCUUCCAACAUGACUUUCUUGGACCUUUCCAACAACUUUCUCUCUGGAGACUUGCUCAACUUCUUGUCCUCCAAUCCAUCUCAGGUGAGGCAGACAGAGUUUCUCAACCUUCACGGAAACUUGUUGUCUGGAGAGAUACCCGAUUACUGGAGUAGUUGGCAGAGCUUGAAGGUUUUAAGAUUGGGAAGCAACAACUUAACAGGGAAGAUCCCAGAGUCCAUUGGAAGCUUGAGCAACCUUCUGUCGCUGCGCAUUCAGAACAACAGCCUGAGUGGUGAAAUCCCUUCAUCCCUUGCCAACUGCUCAAACAUAGUCUCCAUCGACUUAGCCGACAAUGGACUGGAAGCCAACAUUCCAAAUUGGAUUGGGGAACGAGGGCUUCAGAAGCUGUCCAUCUUAAAUCUGCGUGGCAACAAGUUCUUGGGAGAAAUUCCUGAGCAGCUUUGUUCUCUGCAGCAUCUGCAGAUCCUGGACCUUUCCCAUAACUUUCUGUCUGGGAACCUCCCGCAGUGUGUGGGUAAUCUCAGUGCCAUGUCUGGCUCCAGAAACGACGAUCAAGGAGUGAUUUACUUGUUCUUUGGCGGGGCGAAAAUGUUUGUGGAAUACCAAGUUCUGGUGGCACAAGGGCAGGUCAAGGCUUACAGCACCAUAUUGAACUACGUCAGGAGUCUGGACCUUUCAUGGAACAACCUGUCAGGCGAAAUCCCAGAAGAAAUCACAAGGCUUGGGACCCUGAAAUAUGUCAACUUGUCGCGCAACUCAUUCUCGGGUGGGAUCCCAGGGGAUUUAGCUUCCAUGACAUCCUUGGAAUCACUGGACUUGUCUGGAAAUCAGCUAUCUGGAGCAGUGCCUCCAGGCUUGGCGAGCCUGACAUUCCUCAAUCACCUCAACUUGUCGUACAACAGCUUGAGUGGCCGAAUUCCUUCAAGCACUCAACUGCAGAGCUUUGAUGCAUCCAGCUUCAUGGGAAACAAGGGACUCUGCGGCCUACCAUUGGAUGUGAACUGCAGCAGCGAAAACAACUCUUCUGGUGAAGGGAAUGAGGUCUACUGGUAUGAUAUGGACUGGUGGUACUUCAUCAGCAUCGUGCUUGGCUUUCUGGUUGGCUUUUGGGGCGCAGUUUUCCCAAUUGCAGUUUACCCAAACUUGAGAAGCUUGUAUUUUGGUUUCGUGGAUCACAUGGGGAACAAGCUCGGUACUUUAUUGAUGCCUAGCGCUGGUGGAUCCCUUCCUGCUUCACGAGGAUGA